AUGGUUUGUGAAACUGUGUAUGACUGCUUAAAGGAUUUCGUAAAGGUUCCUGAUACACAAGGAAAAAAGUUGGGUUUGAAGCAAGAUGGAAUGUUCCUUUCUGUUGUGGUGCCACUGAUGGCAAACAUGUCUUGAUCGAGGCUCCCGCACAUACUGAAAGUGGAUACUUCAACUAUAAAGGCUCCUUCAGCGUGUUACUAAU